AAGCAGAAGCCACUUGACUAACCGUCAACAACCCUUUUAACCUGUGGUUCAGUUGGCUAACUCAUUUACCUGGCAGGGGGUGAACUGUUUUACAAAUGCUUGACAAUAAAAUAGUAAAGUUAUACCUAAAAAGGGAAUUGUUAACAGAAUGGCUGCGACAGAUGAAACAUAUUUGAGGAGAGAGAAGAUUGAGGAGAAGCUCAAGCGGGAUCAAGAUCUGCUGACUUUCGUUAGCGACAGCCUCAAAAGAAGUGAUCAGCUGACUAAAGGCAUGGUGUCCAUUCUCUCGUCGUUGGAGGGCCGUUUGGAGCACCUGGAGAACUCGGUCAUUCCCAUGCAUGACAGCACACAGAACCUACUGCAGCUGAAGGGGACAACGCAGAAGACAUUAUUCUACCUGGACGAUGCCAUCAGCCAUUACCAAGCCGUCCGAGACACAGACAAGGUCAUCAUACAGGGGCCUACAGGAAGACUUUCUGACUAUCUAGCCUGUGUUCACCGACUCAAGAAAGCAGAGGAGUACUUUCAACAGGAAGACCCGGACGGGCCUGAGCUGAAUAUGCUGAGAGGUCGUUUAGAGAGUGCCAAGUCACAGCUGGAGUCCGAGUUCCAAGUCCUGUUGGGGCGCUACAGCAAGCCAGUGCAGACAGUCAGAAUCCUGGAUGUCCUGGACAAAAAGUCACUGAAUGGGUCUGCAGGCGGAGUGGAGGAGGUACAACUCAUACCCCAAUCUAGGCUUCAGGACAUCAUCUCCAUCUCCACCUGGCUGAUAGGUGAGGAUGCAGCUCUGACAGCUAAGAGGAGAGUCUCUGCCAGCAAAUUCAAAACACGGUCACUGGAAAGAAACCCAUCCCACCACUCUCUGGGAAAACUGGAGCCCAGCAGCUUUUUCACCAAUAAGUCCUACUGCUCCAAACUCAAAACACAGUCUCUAGGCAGAAAGCCAUCAAUAGAAAUCAAGCCAUCAAUGGACUCUCUUGGAAAACUGAAAGCAAACAGCCUGUUCACCAAGAUGAUUGGCCUGAAUUCAUUUGGUAAAUUCAAAACGCAGUCCCUGGACAGAAAGCCAUCACUAGACAAGAAUCCAUCACUAGACUCCCUCGGAAAACUGGAAUCCAGUAGUUCUUUCACCAAGGUAUCCACCUCGAAGCCGUGCAGCAGACGGAAUAUUCCCGAUAUUAGACAACCAUCUUUGGAGUCCAUCCCAUUUCUGCCUCGAGACUCCACCUCCCAUACCUUCCCAUCUUGCAAACCCAAGCCCCCAGCUUCCACCUCCUACAUCCUGCCAUACUUUAGACCCAAGCCCAGCUCAGCCUUUGACCUCAAGGCCCACUACGCCAUGGUGCGCUCCAAUCAGUUGGACUGCUCCAUGAAGGGUUUGAAGGACCACAAGAGUAGGAACCUCCUCUACCCGGUGUUGCAGAGCAGGCGUGUGGAUUCUGCCGUCAAGAAGAACAAAAAAACAGGGCGGGACAGCAUAUUACACAUUGAGAUUGAGACCUACAUGGCCUGCAUCACAGCCUUCUUGUCCCUGGCCAAGAGUGAAUACACCAUGGUGUCCAAAGUCUUCCCUCUGAACUGCUCCAAUACCUUUGAAGCUCUCAUCCAGGUGGCUCUGAACCAGCUGAUCCUGAAUGGGGAGAACAUUGUGUCCUCUGUCAGACGAGCCUGUUCACGUCACGACUACACAGCCCUUGUCGCCAUGUUACCUGUCCUGGUCCGUCUCCUGGAGGAGGACAAAGAGUUUAACACGUUACUAAAGUGCACAACAAGCGGCACCUUGGCCAAGCUUUCCAAACUCGUUACAUCUAUGAAGACCCUGGCAGCCAGAGCACUGAAGGACUUUUCUGCUCACGUCAAGAGCAACCCUGAUAGGGAGAGUAUGCCCAAGGAUGGAACGGUGCAUGAAUUCAACAGCAAUACAAUUCUAUUCCUGGAGCAGUUGCUGUCCUUUGCAGAUGCUGUUCGGUCCAUCCUUUAUCCUCAUGAUGUAGACAGUGACACAGUAACUAUGGAGGUGUCCAGUAGUGUUCAGGUGGACGUUCAACAUGACACUGAUGCAGAUGAAUCAGAAGAACAGCCAUCAGACAGUCAGGAGUCCAAGGGGAAUGACAAUCAGAGAGCACUGAGUCCUUAUGUCUGUAAAGUGCUGGAGCAUCUCCAGUACAACCUACAGAGUAAGGCCAAGGUGUACGAGGACCAUGCUCUCGGGGCCAUCUUCCUCCUCAACAACUACAACUACAUCCUCAAGUCAAUGAAGAAGUCAUCUCUGUUUGAAGUGGUUAAAACCAGCGGCAGGGAUCCGGAGGUUGAGUACGGGGAACUGAUUGAGCAACAGAAGCAGGUGUACCAGCACAGUUGGUUGAAGGUGACAGAGUGCCUGACUGAAAAGAAUCUGCCCACCUUUAAGCCAGGUGACAAGUUGAAAGAAAAAGACUGUCAGGUGAUUAAAGACAAGUUCAAGAGCUUCAAUGAGGGCCUGGAGGAACUGUAUAAGGCUCAGAAAGCGUGGGCCAUCCCAGACAGAGAGCAGCGCCAGGCCAUCUGUCAGGCCCAGAGAGAGAUGGUGUCCAAGGCCUACACAGCCUUUCUGCUGAGGGGAGUCAACCAUGACUUCUCCAAACACCCUGAGAGAUACCACAAAUACAGCCCAGCGCAGGUGGAGGAGAUGAUCGAGAGACUAUUUGAUAUCUCAGCCUGA